GGUAAAUUAAAUUGAGAUUAAAGUUAAUCCUAUAUUGGUGAAAUUGGGCCUUUUUAUCUUCGUUAAUUACUCCGUUACAAUAUAACAUGCGAGCUACAAUGGCGCGCCGCGCGAGUGGUCGCGCGUGUCCACGCCGUCCACGGUUACUUCCGUCCAAUCUCUCUUAUUACGUCAUUAAAACUUGGUUGUGACGGUGUAUAGUUACUGUAGUUGAAACUUACAAACCGGUUGAGCAAUAGCUUGCGUGUCUCUGAUCUUCGCCGCGUCGAUAGUGGAAGUGGAACUCUUGGAGUUCAGUGUGCACUACAAGUUCCUAAGAUUUGAUACGCAAAUCGAUAGACAUGAUGGACACUAUAGUGGAGUUUACACCAGUUUACGAUGAUGCCACCGUGCGAUCGCUCGCGAACGAAUUCUCGAGGCUUAAAGGCGAGUGCUACGUGGAUCACGCGGGCGCAACUCUAUAUUCGGAUACGCAGAUUAGGAACGUUGGUGCCGAUUUGCAUGGCUCUCUCUAUGCAAAUCCACAUUCCAUUGGGAGUUCGUUGACGCAGGACAUUAUCGAACGUACGAGAUAUCGAGUUUUGAGCCAUUUCAACACCAAUCCUGAUGAGUACAGCGUCAUCUUCACCUCGGGUGCCACAGCGAGUCUAAAGAUAAUCGCGGAAGGAUUUCGUUUUAUAACGAAUGAAAACAAGAUAGCAACGUCCCCGCAUUCGGGAAGUUUUGUUUACGUACAGGACAAUCACACUUCGGUUCUCGGAAUGCGGGAUGUAGUCGCGGCUAGAGGAGCCGACGUCAUUUGCCUAGGUCACGAUCAGGCGUUUCAAGUUCUCAGUCAACAUUCAACUACUACUCAUGAUUUCAACGAGAGACGGAACAGCAAUUCUCUUUUCGUGUAUUCUGCACAAUGCAAUUUUUCUGGAUUGAAGUAUCCCCUAAAAUGGAUCAAUGAUGCGCAUGCUGGAGCGCUUUCUGUUUUUGCUAAAAAACCAUCGACCAGAUGGUACGUUCUACUCGACGCAGCUAGCUUCGUGGCAACGAAUAAAUUGGAUUUGUCUAUUUACAAACCAGACUUUGUAUGUCUAUCGUUUUAUAAAAUGUUCGGCUAUCCCACCGGUAUCGGCGUUCUGCUGGUUAAAAACAAAAACUCAGAUGUUCUAGAUAAAAUAUAUUACGGUGGCGGUUCUGUGGACAUCGCUCUGAGUUCUGAAAGAUUUCACAGAAAACGUCAAAUAUUGUAUCAAAGGUUUGAAGAUGGAACUGUACCGUUUCUAUCUAUCGCAUCGUUACAAUAUGGUUUCGAAAUACUUUCGAAGCUAACUAUGGAUCAAAUAUCAAAACACGUGUUUUCUCUCGCCAAAACUCUGCAUCACUCCCUGUUAACAUUACAUCAUUGUAACGACAAACCAGUCGUGAAACUGUACUCUGAUUCUGAUUAUGAGGAUCGCAGAUCGCAAGGCGGCAUUGUUACAUUUAAUGUUAUGCGUUCCAAUGGCGAAUAUGUAGGAUACAUGGAAGUUUUGAAUAUGGCAGCAAUAUUUAAGAUACAUCUAAGGACAGGCUGCUUUUGUAAUCCCGGUGCAUGUCAGAGACAUUUAUCUCUUUCGACUAAAGAUAUUCUUCAAAAUUAUGAGACGGGAUAUACGUGCAGUGGUACCGCAGAUUUGAUAAAUGGGAAACCGACUGGAGCAGUGAGAAUUUCCUUCGGAUAUAUGUCUACAAUAAAAGAUGUUCAGACAAUCUUACUCAUGAUCACCAAAUGUUUCAUCGACAAACCAUGUAUCAGAAAAUUUCCGGAAUGGUGGAAAGACCAUAAGAUGGGAAUUUUUAAAAAUCAUAAGAAUUUUUAUAAUUCUAAUAUAGAUUAUUCUGUUUCACGUAUUAUAAAAAACGAAAAAAAUGUAAAUAAUUUCCAGAACAAUUUCCAUAAUGAAAAUAAAAAUCUUGAUCAUAUUAGAAAUUCUAUAAAUUUUAACAAAAUAAAUACACAAAUAAACAAAUAUAUCUUACAACGGUUAUUUAUAUAUCCUAUCAAAUCAUGUGGAGCAUACGAAAUUACAGAUUCGUGGAAUUUAAAUUCAAAGGGUCUAGAAUAUGACAGAGAGUGGAUGAUAAUGACAUCUUCUGGAACUUGCUUGACGCAAAAACAUUAUACGAAUCUAUGUUUGCUGAAGCCGGUUAUUGUUAAAAAACAAAAAAUUAUGAGACUUACAUAUCCAGGGAUGCCAAUGAUUGAAAUUUCUUUAGAAAAUACUUAUGAAAAGUCAAUAAAACAUCCUAUAUGUCAAAGCAGAAUAUGUGAAAGCAGAGUAGAAGGUAUAGAUUGCGGAUCAGAAGUUUCUGAAUGGUUGAGUUUAGCACUUGGAAAACCAAAUCUUAGACUAGUACGACAAAGUCACGGAAGACAAAAGAAAGGACUAGAUAAGACAGAGUUAUCAUUUUCUAGCCAGGCACAGUACUUAGCAAUAAACGAAGCAAGUGUGUCAUGGCUCAUUGAUAAGAUAUCUCAUGACUUAGAUUUUAAAGAAGAUACAGCUAUGCAUCGGUUUAGAGGAAACAUUAUUGUGGAAGGCUGCGAAGCUUUUGAUGAAAUAAAAUGGGAACAUAUUCGCAUUGGAAAUAAUAACUUUAAAGUAAACGGUCCUUGCACAAGAUGUCAAAUGAUAUGCAUUGAUCAAACAACUGGUAAAAAGACUAUCGAACCACUGAGAACAUUAGCAGAAAAGUUCCAUGGGAAGCUAAAAUUUGGAAUCUACUUAACUAGAUUGGAGAAUACGCAGAGUAUGCUUAAGAUUGGUGAUCACAUUUACUGUUCCUAAUAAUUUUUAAAUGAUUAUCU